AUGGACGCUUUCAGGAAACAAGCUAGCAAGCUAAGAGACCAAGUUGCCAAACAACAACAGGCUGUAAUUAAACAGUUCAGCGGUAGCGGUUACGAGAGCUCAGAUGUUGUGGUUAUUGAUGAGGUUGAAUUGCAGAGACAUCAACAUAUGGAGAAGUUGUACAGAGCUACUCGUGCCGGCAGGGAUUUCCAAAAAGAAAUUGUUAAAGCCGCAGAAACAUUUACAGCUAUAAGUUAUAAGCAUAUUGAAACAGGAACAAAACUUUCUGAGGAGUGCUGUAGAUAUGGAGCAGAGAACAACAGUGACAACAUAUUGGCUAAGGCAGCAUCAGUUUAUGGAGAUGCUCGCAAACAUGUGGAAAAGGAGCAUGAAGAAUUGAAUCGGCUUUUAUCUUCCCAGGUUUUGGAUCCUUUGAGACAAAUGAUCAUCGGCCCACCUUUGGAGGAUGCUCGUCAUCUUGCUCAGCGGUAUAGUCGGAUGAGACAAGAAGCAGAGACACUAAGAGAGGAGAUUUCUCGAAGACAAGCACGGGUCAGAGAAUCUCAAACUGCUGAGCAUGUUGCCAAACUGCAUGCUGCAGAAGCUAAGAUGCAGGAGCUGAAAGUCAACAUGGCAGUUCUAGGUAAAGAAGCUUCAGCUGCAUUGGCUGCUGUUGAUGCACAACAACAGAGACUGACUUUCCAAAGGCUUGUUGCUAUGGUCGAAUCAGAGAAGACUUUUCAUUCAAGAGUUGCAGCUAUUUUUGGUGAAAUUGAAACUGAGAUUGUCUCUGAUAGACAGAAGAAAGAAUCAGCCCCUCCAGCCGUUCUGUUCCAGAACGGCUCAGAGAAAACAAUGUACUUCUUGGCUGAGGCAGUGCAUCCUUAUGAUGCUGAAUCAGAAAAGGAACUGAGCUUUUCAAAGGGCGACUUUAUUGUCGUGAGGAAGGUGAGCCAAACUGGUUGGUCAGAAGGAGAAUGCAACGGUAAAGGAGGGUGGUUUCCUUCUGGCUACGUGGAAAAACGACAGAGAAUCCCCUCUAGCAACAUGGCUGGUGAAGUUUACUAG